AUGUGGGUGUGGGCCGCCCAACUUGACAUCCCUAGGUAUGAUCCCAUCAAUAAACAGUUCAAGGUUCUGUGCAUGACCGUGACAAACUACAGAAAACAAGUUAACUCCAAGGAGCAUCAAGUUGUGACGAAAGGGAAGGGAAGACUAUCCUUGAGAAAGAUCAUAUGUUUGUUGUUUCCGCAUUAUCAUGAACGUGAGAGAGAUGGGAUAUGCAUCAACGGGAUUUUGUAUUACAUAGCUCGGUCGGACAAGACUUGUUUGAUAGCAUCCUUUGAUGUUGGGUCUGAAGAAUUUAGACUAAUAAAUAUGCCGGAGGGCUUUAACUUGACUUACAUUUCGGCUUUGGUGAAUUUCAAGGGAAAGCUAUGUGAUGUGGUGUAUAGUGGUAGUCAUGGUGAGUUAUGGGUUCUAGACGAUAUCCAAAAAGAGAAAUGGUCCAAGAAUAGCUUUGAUUCCCCAAAUACAGAUUUUGAGGAAGUAAAGUCAACAUGGGCUACUGAUACAGGUGAAGUCGUUGGAAAAAUCCAUUCCAUGUUUUCUUUUACAACCUGGAUAGCAAGUGUGUCAGAAGAGUUGAAAUUAAAGGAAUUGAUGAUAAGGUAUUGCUGGGUAAAGAUCGUGUUAUACAACAUUUAA